AUGGACCAUGAUUCUCUCAUUGCCUACUCCAGGGAUGAGCACGGGAUAAAUUUCUUUGCUCGUUAUCGGCACGCUAUGGCCACGAAGCUCUCUCUCAGUCUCGUUUCUAAGUCUUGGCAUACCUUCAUCGCGGAAUUUCUGUACGAACAUGUCGUGAUCAGGAAUGGCGAACAAGCAACUCAAUUCAAGGAUGCAAUCGGUCGUGGCAAGCCUCACUCAACUCACCGGGGCUGCGGUUUUUGGACUUCCCGGAUUGAUCUCGCGCUAGAGGACGUACACCUGUGGGAAGAUGACCAUACCAACUCUUUGUGUUCCCUUCUGCAGGACUGCCCCAAUCUCGUAACUUUCUCUACGGCUCAUUGUGUUGCUGAGGCAUACCUCUUCUACCCGGACACUUUCAUGAAGGCCCUUGUACCACUGGCAAACCUCAAGAAACUGAAGAGGCUGGAACUACGGGGUGAAAUACCCUUUCUGACAAGUAUUGUCUCACAAGUCUCCGAUGUAGAGGUUCUUUGGCUUCUUCCCCCGCUCAAGAUGCUUCGUGAGAGCAAGGCUUCGUCCCUUUAUCUGCCGAGACUCCGGACCUUGAUAACGGACUUUCGUAACUCAAAGUUUACGCUGGACUGGGGCCUACCAUCUCUCCAAUACUACUCCACCACAGACAUCGUACAUCUAACUCAACACCUCAGCGCAUGGGGAACUAGCCUUCAGUAUCUGUCAGUGCCUAGAGUGGCGCUAAUCGUGCCGGCUCUGUCGCUCUGCCCAAACCUGACGGAACUCAGCCUCAACUUUGAAGGAGUUAUAUUCGUGCCAUUCGAUCGAGCGCCCACCCAACACCAUCUCAAGCGCAUCACAAUUGAGGGUUGUCCGGACUUUUCGCGCCCCGUAUCGUGGUAUAAUCAGGCCAAUUCUCUGUCGAUCGACUACCUCCGUAUCAGUUUGCUCACUCUGGCAAGUGAGACGACAUUCCCGGUUCUCGAGCGCAUCCGCUUAGUACUCCCUUUCAAUUGGGCGCCGUAUGAAGAUGAACCCCCUGCUUGUUUCGUGUCUGUCUGGGAUUUCUGGCUGGAGGCUUGUUCAUGGCGAGGCAUCCAAGUGGAAGCGUCUGUGGGUGCUUCAGAUCACACUGCGAAUAUUUGGCGACCGUUCAGCUCCGACUUGCUCUUGCGCACGGUCUAA